UUCAAACACGCAGAGGGAUCCCCGUCAGCUGGAGGCACAGUGUUACUGCAGGUUCGAGCGGCGCCGCGCUGCACGUGAUAUGUCCGAUCGGCGCGAGUAAGAGGGACAGUGCGCGCCGCGGGGGGCAACAUCGACAUCGGGGAGCGCGAGACGCCGCAGGCGGUAGCAGCAGCAGCAGCAGCAGGAGGAGGAGGAGGAAGUGGAGCGGGGAGGCGCGCGGCCGACGUGCGGCGGGAAGCAUGGAGUACUUCGUGGUGCCCGCGCAGAAGGUGCCCUCGCUGCAGCCCUUCAGGAAGAGCGACAAGGACGUCAUCGGGGGGCUCUGCAGUUUGGCAAACAUCCCACUGACCCCGGAGACGGCGCGGGACCAAGAGCGACGCAUACGGCGGGAGAUCGCCAACAGCAACGAGCGACGGCGCAUGCAGAGCAUCAACGCCGGGUUCCAGUCCUUGAAGACUCUCAUUCCGCACAGCGACGGAGAGAAGCUCAGCAAGGCCGCCAUCCUGCAGCAGACGGCGGAGUACAUUUUCUCUCUGGAGCAGGAGAAGACGCGACUGCUGCAGCAGAACAACCAGCUCAAGCGCUUCAUCCAGGAGUUCAGCGGCUCGUCGCCCAAACGGAGACGUGCGGAGGACAAGGACGAGGGCAUCGGCUCGCCCGACAUCCUGGAGGAUGAGAAGGUGGAGGACCUGCGCAGGGAGAUGAUCGAGCUCCGCCAGCAGCUGGACAAGGAGCGCUCGGCUCGCAUGAUGCUGGAGGAGCAGAUCCGCUCCCUGGACGCCCACUUGUACCCCGAGAAGCUGAAGGUGAUCGCCCAGCAGGUGCAGGAGCAGCACGCCCACACGCAGAUGCUCCUUCGCCUGCAGCAGCAGCAGCAGCAGGAGGCGCCACGGAGCCCGCAGCUUGUAGGCUCCUCCACCCCCCCAGCCCCCACCAGUCACCCCACAGUGAUCGUACCUGCCCCCGUGUUGCCGGCACUGCCUCACCACAUCACCGUGGUGACCAUGAGCCCCACCUCCGUCAUCAACACGGUGUCAACAUCACGGCAGAACCUGGACACUAUAGUGCAGGCCAUCCAGCACAUCGAGGGCACGCAGGAAAAGGCCAGCAGGGCCGAGGAGGAGCAGCGCGGGGCGAUCAUCGUCACCCCGGGCCGCAACCCUCCCGACGCGGUCGGCUCCGAUACAGCUUCAGAUAGCGAAGUAACCGAGGACUGCUGUCUGCCUUGAGUGUCAGGGCCCAAGACACACACACACACACACACACACGGUGACAUACACUGGCUCCUCAACUCACAAACCCCUUGGGGACCAUUCAGAACUCUAAUUGUUCAUGACUGCACAAAGUGACAGUCAGUAAAAGGUUAAUAAUUGCUGGUCUGGUCCUGCAAAAAUCUUGGAUCAAGUUGUAAUGAAUAGAAAUAUUUUUACGGUUUCACCUCAUUUUCCUUUGCGUUCCUGGUAUUAUUCAUCACCAGCACUCCUGAAUGCCAGACACGAGCUGUGAACACUGUUGAAUAGAGCUGAUUCAGGAUGGGCUCACCCUCCUGUUCUCUUUACUGCCAUCUACUGGCUGGUAGUGUAAACCCAGGUUGCGUUGGCUUCUCGACAAAGUAGCGAAUAAAUCAGUGAAGGAAUAAAGCGAGAUUUUCAAAGAUAAGCUUGGGAAUGUAACUCAACUCUUGUGAACGUGAGGAGGCAGCGUAUGUAUGUACACACACUGUCACACACACACUUGAACGGACACGCACUCCAGAUGUGAAUCAUGCCCGUUCGCACCAGCCGUGGGACACUCUGAUUUACUCGGACAUCCCCUGCCAUGUGGAUGCCCCCCAUCCCUUCUGUGUGUGUGUGUGUGUGUGUGUGUGUGUGUGUGUGUGUGUGUGUGUGUGUG